AUGGGGUGACAUAUAUGUGCAUGGCCGAUGAUUCUUUUCAACGUCGAAUUCCAUUUGCUUUCCUGGAAGACAUUAAGCAACGUUUUUUAAAGGCCUAUUCCAAAGAUAGAAUAGAUUCCGCAUUGGCUUAUGGAUUGAAUGAGUUUGCCAAAGUCAUUGCUGACCGAAUGGAAUACUAUUCGAGCAAUCCUAGUGCGGACAGAAUUAGACAGGUCCAUGGUGAGAUUGAACAAGUAAAAGAUGUUAUGGUUCACAAUAUCGAACGUGUGUUGGAGCGAGGAGAACGGAUUGAAUUACUUGUUGAUAAGACAGACAGUCUCAAUCAACAGGCAUUUGCCUUUAAAAAACGAAGUACUGCACUGAAGGUUGGUAUCAAAUUUCGAGGUAGCGACUGA